CGGGUCCGUCACACCAGUCACCGAACCCAGCGCACGCGCUAACCUGGCCCACCUAGCCCGCUGUUAGUCGCCCCACACGACGCCGCCUCGCCGCCGGCUUCGCAACCUCCAACUCUCUCGCGCGCGCUGCAACCAGGCGGCCCGACCGGCGCGUGGAGCUCUCGCGCCUGGGACAGACAGGAAACCCGCGGAUGGCUGCUGACUCUGUAGCCCCAGCGCCUUCCUCCGGCUCCGGCUGGGACUUCACCUGUAAUUUUGAAGUUGAUUAUGAGUCUGAGGAACAUGCAUCCAUUGUCUACAAAACGUUAGCUGUUGACAAGGAGUUGCAGCCUGACAAGGUCAAGAGGGAGAUGACUCUUUCUGGCAGCAAGCUUCUCGUGCACUUUGCGGCAGUAGAGGCCCGGUUUCUGCGAGCAUCAUUCAGCGCAUUUGUGAAUCUUAUGGUACUCGUGACGAAGCUUGUCGAAGAAUAUGGUGUGGCCAAGGAAGGGCAUUCUUGAUGAACAAUUUUCAUGCACUGCACCAUCGAGUUCUUUUUCGUCCACCUGUGAGCAUUUUGGACAGUCUGUAUCAGUGAAUUUGCUCUUGAUUUGUCAAGCUAGAUCCUAGCUACUAUAUACGAGUAUGCAGGAACAUGCUUAUACCAAAAGCCGUCAAGGAUGCAUGAGCAAGCCCUAUUCACAC